AUGAGCCAGAAGAAUCAGACCCAUGUCACGUUCUUUAUUAUUAAGGGGAUUUCUGAGGUUCCUGGGCUGCAAGUUCUGGUUUUCUUUCUGGUUUUACUGUUAUAUCUUAUCACAUUAAGUGGUAAUUUGACAAUUCUUCUCCUUGUUUGCUUAGAUAAAAAGCUCCAUAAUCCCAUGUACUUCUUUUUGGGCAACUUGUCUAUUUUGGAUGUAUUCAGCUUAUCAAUCACUCUACAUAAGAUACUUUUCACGUUCAUUUCUGGGGAUAAAACGGUUUCAUUCCUUGGGUGCAUGGCUCAGAUGUAUAUUUUUUCAUCACUAACCUGUAAUGAGCUGUUGAUGUUGACGGCCAUGAGUUAUGAUCGAUAUGUAGCCAUAUGCAAUCCUUUGCACUACCACAUGGUCAUGAACAGAAGAGUAUGUGCACUCUUGGCUAUUAUUUGCUGGGUGCUGGGCUUUAUAGAAGUUGUUCCUCAUAUGUGGGCAAUAUCAAAGUUUACUUGUUAUAAGUCAAACGAAAUAAAUCACUACUUUUGUGAUAUUUUACCAAUUAUGAAACUUUCUUGUAGUGACACAACCAUUUUGAAGCUUGUGAUUUUCAUUGAGGGUUUACUUCUUGUAAGUUUUACUCCAUUCCUUUUCACUUUCAUCUCCUAUAUAUAUAUUAUUGCAACCAUACUGCAGAUUACGUCCAAUAUUGGAAGGCGCAAAGCCUUCUACACAUGUUCCUCUCAUCUAACAGUAGUUAUAAUUCUCUACCUGAGUCUAGUCUGCCAGUACCUGAGACCAACCUCAACAGACACCUUGGAUUCUAAUAAAGUGUUUUCUCUUUUUAAUACAGCUGCUGUACCUGUGCUAAAUCCAUUUAUUUAUAGUCUUAAAAAUAAGGACGUUAAAUUAUCUUUCAGAAGGCAACUUAAAUCCUUAAAAUCCUUAAAAUUUGCCAGUUUGUAA